GCUCAAAGGAAUAGCAUACACAUACAAAAUGUUGGCAGCCAGACCAGUCGCACGACUUGACAACAAGCGGAGGACGGUGCUCGACCCUCGCAAGAGACAAUUCGCAAAAUCACAAUGGCAAGAGCAAAGUUACGAGCAUGCCAUGAACUUCUACAAUGUCCCGCCGACCGGGGACAUUGCUCUCGAGGAGUUUGAAGAAUGGGGCAUUGCCAGACUGAAGGUACUUGCCGAACUCGAAUCGUGCCAAUUCCGUAACCGCAGCGCCGAAGAGACUCAGACAUACAUGAGGCCCAUCUUGGAGAAAUACCUCCGACUGGAUCAAAACUCUUCAAGAUCGACUGAGCACGACAUGCAACGCAAGCGUGAUCACUACUCACAUUGGACCCUCCGUCUUGCCUUUUCUGCCACAGAUGACCUUCGCAAGCGCUUCACAAGACUAGAAACACAGCUGUUCCGCCUCAGACUCAACCAGAACGACGUACGAGAGCGCAAGGAAUUCAUUCAAAGUCUCAACAUGAGCUGGGAGACUGUCGCCGACGACGAGAAGGCCCACAUGCUGGACGACUUGAAGAGCGCUACUGGUGUAUACAAGAACGAGGAGGAAUCAUGGUUCAAGGUCGACUGGGAGGACGUACCCGAACUAGUCGAACAGCGAAAAGUCCUCCUGAGGAUGGGCAAGGCCUUCGUCCACAUGCGUGAGCAGACGAGCAUGGUUGUUGGAGAGUUUAGCAGACAGCUCGAGGCCGGCCUCGAAUUGGCUGCUCGCGCUCUGCCACGAAUGGACGAAGACAACCGUCUCUCUCCAAUCCUUACCCAUCUCUCCAAGUCCUUCGCAUCACCAGACGCCCAAUACAACGCCGAUGCCUCUUCCAUCUCCGACACGACCGUCAUCACUGCCAACAUGAUCGACGCCCUAGCCUCUCACUUUCCCCUCUGUAUGCAGAGUCUUCACCGCGAGCUACGCAAGAACAGCCACUUGAAGCAUUUCGCCAGACUCCAGUACUCCCUCUUUCUCAAAGGCAUUGGUCUCGACAUGCAGGAAUGCAUUGGUUUUUGGCGAAAGAGCUUCAAGCUCAUGACAGACGACAAGUUCAAGAAGGAAUACCUCUACAACAUUCGUCACGCUUACGGCGACGUCGGUGGUGACUCCAACAGACGUGGCAGAGGCUACACGCCCUACUCAUGCCAGAAACUCAUCUCCGAAAUUCCCAGCAGUGGACAAAGCCACGGCUGCCCCUACCGCUGGUUCAGCCAAGAUAACCUGAUGGGUCUUCUUCAAGCCACUGGCGUCUCAGACCGCGAAGUCUUGAAGAGCGUCAAGGAGGACGUCACAAAGACUCGCUAUCAUAUCGCUUGUAAUCGUGUCUUUGAGCAUCAACACAAGAACGAGAUCAAAAAGGUCAAGGAUCAAUCGCUCUGGCCUGCUAGUGAGCUUGACACCAUUACACAUCCGAAUACCUACUUCAAGCGUAGUUUCAUGCUGAAGAAUCUGAACAAGUUUCAAAGUGGAGAUAUUGGUGUGGAUGGACCUUCGCAGACUUCGCAGGGUUGAGGCGCUUGUUUACUUUUAGAGCUUUAGUAUAGUGGUUCUGGGCUGGGAGCAUUUGGUGGUUUGGCGUUUGGUAGCGUUCUGGCUGGCGAGAAUAUUUGUAUUGAUGCCCUUUCUCCGUAACGUAGGUAGAUUGAACGAUGACAAGAUGUCAAUAUCUGUAUGCUUCAGUCCCUGGUUCCAUCGCUAUUUCUUGACCCGCAUACACACAAUGACCCAAGCAUGACAUCUGUUCCUCAUCCAUCUCUGCUGAAUCAGACCGCUGAUGCAGAGAACGCAUCGAGCGACGACAUCUGGGCCGCCUCACUUGC